AUGCAGAGGCGAGGCUACGCCCGAGAUGACGAAUUGCGCUUCCUCCCGCGCCGUCCAUUCGGGGCUUGGGAGGCGGGGGAGAAGGAGGGAGAUUUUGUCAGCGACGAAGAAGGAUACCAACCAAUUGGCGACACGGAGAAGGAUCAAGCGCUGGUCGCGCGGCGCUACGAGAUGAUGACCGAGGUCCUACGCGCGGGAUCGCUCAUGCUCGCCGCGCUACUCGCAUUUGGCGCGAUGCUGGUCUACUUGCGCUUCCUCAUGGUGCCCCUCGUCUUCUCGCGCUUCCUCGUUUACGCGUUCCAGCCCCUCGUCAAGUACCUCAGCGGCCGACGGCCGUUCUCGUGCCUUGGAUCCACCGUGCGCCUCGCAUUGCCGCGAUGGGCGUCGGUCCUGAUCAUCCUGUCCCUCAUCAUUGCAACGCUGCUCCUCCUCUGCUUGGUGCUGGGAUUCACCAUCAACGAUCUCAUCUCCAAUUCCGAGUACUACCUGCUACGUAUCGAUCGCCUCUCCAACUCUCUGGUCGCCUUUGCCGAAACGCUGGGCUACAACAAGGAGGACAUCAAGAAGAUGCUGCCCGAGUUCCAAGUCAGCGCGUACGUGCUGGCCCUGCUCGAGUUCAUCACCAACCGCUUCCCCGAGAUGAUCCUCGUGCUGCUCAUCGUCGUCUACAUGCUGCUCGACCUCGAGGACCAGGAAGAGCAGCUCCUGGCGCACCACAAGCGCUCGCUCGCCGCCAAGCGCGCCCACCGCAUCGACAAGCACAUCCGCACCUACGUCAUCAUUCACAGCUUGAUUUCGCUAGCGGCUGCGGUAUGCACGACUUUCAUUCUGUUGGUAUUCGAGGUCGAUCUGGCGCUCUUCUUUGGCCUGGUGACGUUCGUGCUGGGCUACAUCCCCAACAUCGGCCCGGCCAUCUCCAUAUUCCUGCCCCUGCCCAUGGUCGUCCUCGAUCCUCGGCCCGUUGCCGUCCGUCUCAUCUUCAUUUUCAUCUUCCUCGCCAUCACUCAGUUUGUGGAGCCGAAGGUGUUGGGUCGCGUGAUGAACAUCCCUCCCGUCACCAUCAUCGUGGCCCUCCUGUUCUGGGGCUCGGUGUGGGGCAUCGUCGGUGCCAUCAUCUCGGUGCCGUUGACCGUUUCCAUCAAGAUGUAUCUGGAGAGCUUGGAUCAUCCUGCAACACAAGCCGUAGCGGGGAUGCUGGGCGGCAAUUUCAGCGCGUUCGAUCUCACUCGCGAGGACUUGGAGCUCGAGCCCGAAGACGAACAGGCCGCCAGCUUCCCUCAGAACGACGAGCCCGUCGUCGACAUGCAGGCGCCCAAGCCCACCGCAGUCUACUACUAG